CCUUGAACUGUCAAUCAUGCUCUUUCUUGUGCGCCUCGCUUUCAGUGCCGCUGCCUGCGACGCACUGAGUGCGGAGCCACGAGACGCGCUGCAUACCAACAGAGACAUACAGGAGCAGGCUAAUUAACGCAGAAGUGGCGACUUGCGACUGAUCAGGACGCACAUAUCGCAUCAAAUUCUCUGUCAAAGAAAAAAAAAAAAAAUAUUUAUUUAAAGUCAUUGGACAGUUUAAAUUUUACCUUCUCUUCCCAUGCAUUUUCUAAAAUAUCUUCUCUUUUCUUCAAGGCACUGAGAGCCAAACUAAGUGUCUGGGAUAUUUGUUUUUUCUGCUCUAAUAUUUUUCUGGUUGAGAGAUUCUACACAGGAGAAGAUAAACAGCCCCCUCCGCCUCUCUCUCCGACGGGGGUCAUCAAAAGGAAAAGUCAAGUGGAUAAGACUGAUGUGCUCGCCCAGUCACAUGUAGAAGCGUUGGACUAUUGCUGUUGACAUUCAUCCACUGGGUCGGUUUUUUUUAGUAGGCUACACAGAUUGCCCGCAACGGUGCGAUUAAGGAGGAAUACCAAGGCAUUUGACUGCAAAAACAAGCAGAAAAUCAAUCAGAACUCCAUCAUGGGCUGCCCCCUCUUGUGGAACGUGUUUGCUGGCUUGAUCCUGGUUCUGCUGUCGAAAGGGUCCAGUGUGCACGGAGCGGAAUUCGGAUACCUGCCGGACAACAUUACAGUGUUGGAAGGAGAAAGCGUCACUUUGAGAUGCCGGAUCGACGAGGAGGUGACCCACAAGGCCUGGCUGAACCGCUCUAACAUCCUGUUCACGGGGACGGACAAGUGGUCGUUGGACAAGCGCGUGACGCUUGUCAACAGCAACAACAGCGACUUCUCCAUCCACAUCAACAAGGUGCAGGUAACCGACGAGGGGCCCUACACCUGCACCUUCCAGGCCAACAACAAGCCCCGCAUCGCCCACGUCUACCUCAUCGUCCAAGUGCCGGCCAGGAUCGUCAACAUCUCAAAAAAUGUGUCGGUGAACGAGGGGGAGAAUGUAAACCUGUACUGUCUGGCAGUGGGUCGGCCUGAGCCCACUGUCACCUGGAAAGACCAGAAAUAUGGGUUGGUGAGUGAGGGGGAGUUUCUAGACAUCACAGAGAUCAAGAGGCAACAGGCCGAGGACUAUGAAUGCAUCACCAACAACGGAGUGGCUCCGCCCGACCAGCGCAAGGUCAAGGUCACAGUCAACUACCCUCCCAUGAUCACAGACAUGAAGAACAUGCCAGCCCAUUUGGGUAAGACAGCCAUCUUGCGCUGUGAAGCCAUGGCUGUCCCGCCAGCCUCCUUCGAGUGGUACAGAGACGAUCAUAGGCCGGUAGAGAGUGACAACACCCUGACGAUCAAAAACGAGAAGACGCGCUCGCUGUUGCUGUUCAGCAAUGUGACAGAGAAACACUUUGGCAACUACACCUGCUUUGCCUCAAACCGUCUGGGUGCUUCCAACGCCAGCAUGCUGCUGUUUCGACCGGGGGCCAUACAGGGGCGAGGGUCCGGUUUACACGCCGGGAUGAGUGUCGGCGUGUGUGUUUGGGUUUCCCUCUCUGCUGCUUUUCUGGUGAAGGUGUAAAGAUCGAGCUCCAUCUGGAUUUGUCCCUUAAAGUCCCCGAAAUGCCCCCCACAAUCCCCACCCUCCCCGUCCUCUCCCUCCCUCCCCCCCUCCCCCCCUCCCCCCCCCCCCCCCCCCCUCCCCCCCUCUACGGAAGGAAGAAGGAAAUGAAAUUCUUUAAUUACGAACCCAUCACUGUGAACAAAAAGAAUAUGCAUUAUUCCAGGAGCCAUUGAGUCAUUGCAUCAAACACACGGCCACAUCAACCUCCCCACCCCACCCCACACGCCACCCCCCCCACCCCCCCUCCUAAACCCCAGCACCCUCAAUUCAAUUUUGAGGUCAACUCAUUGUCAUUAUCUCUUCCUCUCUUUCUCGCUCUCACACACACAGUCUGUCUCUUUCUUUGUCUCCCAGAAUGCCUUGCAGAUUUGUCUGACUUGGUACUUCCCUCCUCACCCUGUUAUCUCCUCAUUAUUACCACUAGGCUGAUGCUGAUAGAGAGUGUAUAUUAAUGAUUAUUGUGUCGGUGAUCAAUGAGAAAAUAGAUAAUCUAACAAAUGGACGAUCAUUUAUGUAAUAUACUACAUAGACUAAUGACUGACCUACAAUGUUUGCCUUAUGGAAAUUAUACAUGAAAUCACAAGUUUAUGGUGGAUAUUUAUGGAAAUGAUAAUGUGGUACUAGCGGUCAUGUGACCUGUUGAAAAAUGUCCGAUUGGUGGCCAUGUGAAGUGUCACCCUUUGAUCACACACAUACACGCACCUACACCCACAUGUAUGGCUUUUUGAUUUUAACUGUGUAGCAGUGAAGCUGCUAUGAAUGAUGUCAAAAUGUAUAAAAAAAAAGGGUGGGUGGUGACGGCGUCAGUCUUAACUACCCCUUUAUGUAAUUUGGGGGGGUUUAUAUCAAGGUUUCGCAUGUAGACCCCCUCACUACCCAAACCUUUUUAACUACCCUUGCCCCUCUGUUCAACGUGCUGUCUCUAGUCGCCCUUGGCAUUGCUAUAGUGUUCUCUGCUCCGUGUCACGCCCCCUCCCCCCCUCCCUCUUCCUCCCCCAGUGUAAAUAUAUGCAGUACAGAGGCCACGCCGGUGACCUCAAGUUGCCUGUCGCCGAACGACAUCUCCCAUCGGCCUCGACUAUGCUCCAGUCUUCUGAAGCAGCAAGAGACUGUCCCGUGGCAACAAUAUCUUCUGUUUCAAAGCUGCAGCUCCAUCCUCUGUGUCGCUUGUUGAUAGCAUGUACCGGUUAGAGAUGUUCCUGUUGUGAUACCAUACUCCCUACACUCCCUCCCUCCCCUCCCUCCCUCCCCGCACUGUGUCUGUUUUACUCUGCAAGGUUACCUGCUUUUACUUUUUUGGUGUUAAUAAUACUACAGAUGAUGAUGUUAAUAAGUAUUUGAAUAACUAUGAAUAGUAAUUCCAUGUGAGAAAAAAAAAAUGAACAAAAUCCGAUGGUAAUGAGCCGUGCGUUGGAAAAAUAAUUUUGUACUUUACUCUCAGAAGUCACACACAUUGAACGACUACAAUGAAAAAACAAACAAAAAAAAAGAUGUAAAGUUUUCAAAGUGAUGUGCUCUAUUUUGCCAUGACAAGCUUUUUAAAAACACAUUUGAAACAGUCUGAGGGAUUAUUUCAUCCAAGUCCAGAAGCAGUGAAUGAUGAUGUAAUUUAUAAUUUGUAACAGUUUAUGUAUUGGACUUUUUCUUUUUUUUUUUUUUGUCAUGCUGUUAACUGCAUCACACACACACAUUUACAGCAUAUUUGUCCACUUAUCAUAGUGUGUCUAUCUCCGACCAGCUAGAUAAAUGAUUUGGAUCCAUGUCGGUCUCUGGUCAUGGCUGUAAGUCAGUUCUUGUUCGGCCAGACCGCGGGGAGAUAAAGAUGUAAUUAGCCAUUACCUGUGGCUGGCUAAGUGAAGGAGCCCGGGCUCCACCUGUCCCUCCUGCCAGCCAGUGAUGGCCCCCAUAAAUCAAGCUCAAUCCUGCCUCUGACAGGAAUCCUCUUCAAGGACAACCUCGCCCUGGUGCACCAGUUCUCCCUCCAUUGUGUACCUGUGACAUGCAGGCAUGGGCACUACAAAACCCCGCAUGGCACAAUUAUCCAGCCACUUCCCCUGUACAGCACAAACAGCGGGAGGUAAGCCCGUAUUUCAAUGCGUGGCGCUCGUUUCUCCCCUGAAACACUGUUCCACUCACAUGCAGCGACUAUAUGCAAAUUUGCCAUAACGAGCCUGCACCGAGAGAUGAGUUUACCCCGGCUGAACCCUGACUACUGCGACCUUAAAGGGGAAUUACUCAGUACUGAAUCAGUUGUCUGAAUGUGUUUUGUUUGAUUUUGUUUGAAACCAGCAAUAACCCCCUAACUCUACUGUGCAAGAGGUAUCAGAUAUGGUUAAAGCUGUGGUGUAAUAUCUGCCAUUAACGAGAUAUAUCAAAUAAGUCUAUUGUUGUACUUUUACUGUGUACAGUACUCUGCAAUGAUUGUGAAGCUUUGUUUAAAUGGCCCUUAAUUUAAAACACUACAUGUUGUACUCAAAGAGUCUUGCCCUCUGCGAUGUAGUCGGGUUGUCCCGUGUGACUGACCGCACACUGUUUGUGCAUGCACCUUGUUGCUCCAAAAAUAAUGAUGGAUUCAUAUUUCAAGCACAAAAGCAGGUAGCUUGGUCAGUGCUUUGUUUUCUGUCUCAAACGCCUUUUCAUGCACUCACUAUCUCUUUCUUUCAUGCUGCUUUCUUUCUGUUUCUCACUCAUAUACCUGUCCAUGUCAGCAUCCCACUGAGUAUGUCAGUGGUAUAUAACAUCUGUAUGUACAUAAUCUGUCCUUGAUGAAGAAAAAGAUAAAAACAGAAGAAAAGAUAAAAAAAAAAAAACAAAAACAAACAAACAAAACAAAAAAAACAGACAAAAAAAAUAACAUACUGUCAUGUUUCUCAAUGUGGGUUUGAAAAAAGCACGUCAGUGUUCGUGUAUGGGUGGAUUUUGAAAAAAAAAAAAAAAAGAAAAGAAAAACAAGAAGAAGCAAACGUUGUAUGUUGUGUUCGGGUUCAUGGGAAAAGGGUCCAAAUGGAUGGGAGGGCAGUCUGACUUGAAGUCGUAGUGGUGAUAAACAGAAUGUGGGCAUUUUAUACAAACAAGCAGCAAAAGAACAUGUUCUUUCAUGAGUCAUGAUGUAUGUAAAUGAGUCACGCUUCUGGUGUCAGAGAGGACUGGAGAGGGUGUGGGCAAGAAGGCAGCGGAUCCCCAGGGUGCACAAUUUGCGGGUAGAUAGGGAUGCUGUUGAGAGAGCACCCGCUCCGACGGGCCUGUGGGAGGAUACCCUGACAAUGCAAAUCCAAAAGCUGAGAGCCAGAGGGAGAUGGGAUGACACUAACCAGACAGUGAACUCUCCAUUUAGGGGGAGAAGACAGACAGCCGCUCAUAUUGCCUUUUCAAACUUGAGCGCUGUGGUCUUUCCCAGGGGAAGGAGUACCACACACUAUUUAUGGUUGCACUAUGUAAUAUGAAUAGCAUUAACAUAGCCUUGAUCACAAACACAGUCUGGCCUACUUCAAGUGUAUAAAUAACACCCCAUCUGGGGUUCAGUGAGUUUACAGUGAUAUAAACAAGACGUUUGCUCGGCCCCUAAUUACAUUCGGCGCACCCUGAUGAGAAAAUGUUGAUUGGCUCCUGCAGCUGAAGGUUAUGAUAAUCUGUUUACAGAAUCUUUGUUAACAAGGUGCCGUGAAACUGUGGCUUGGAGCUCACAAAAGUGGCACCUAUUGCCAGUUUACGGCACAUGUUUUGUUUAUGGAGAGAUUUAAUUAAUGGGUUUUUACACAUGAGAUGGCUAGAAAAGAAGGUGGAUUUAUAUAGAUAAACGAAUGACACUUUUUGCUGUGCAGUGCAGUGUCAUGACGUGGACUUUAGGAGCAGGGAUUGUAAAACACUUUGAAAUACAUUUAACAGUUUCGGAUCACUGUGCCUUCGCUGAGAGGAGUCAGGUAAUUAAGCUCUUUAGGGUGUAAGGACAGAUACUGCAAUUUGUUCCUGAACUGUUGUAGUGAAACAGUAAAAUAAUUAUGGUGCUUUAAAGGCGAGACUGUAGAAUAGCAGGAGAAGUGCAGGUUUGAAUGUACCUCUGUCUUUGUUUUAUGUGUGGCAGCAGGCUCGGGCCCGCCUCUCCUACAACACCCUUGCUACGUAGAACAGAUCCUGAACACACCUUCAAUACAGAGUGCAAUGGUUAAUCAAUACAUUCGACUGAAUGGCUUUGGAAUAGAGCAAUUUCUCCCCGGCCUGCCUUAGCAGGUCCCUAGAAGCUAAAUUGAUCAGGUGUCUAUAGACCAGCCUUAGAACAGAGAGCAUAAUUCAUCAUGCCUGAUACAAGACACCCCUAAUUGCACAUCGAUUUUAAGCCCUUCUCUGAAACUAUUUGGGCGAGCUGUAAUGUCAGCUCAGUAAACUGUGUGUUCAGAGCUAUGGUUCAGAUGCAGGGAAUAAGGAAUUAAUCGUUUGUUUUUCUUUUCAAGUCAAUCCAGGCUGGUAUUUGUUGUUUUUUUUUUUUUUUGCUACAUAAAGUGUUAACCAACAUGUUCCCCGGGCUUUUACACUGUAUGUGCAAUUUGUUAGGUGCUGUAGUGUUGCACUAUAUUUUAUUAGUAAUGACAGGGAUGUAACCUGAUCAUUUUUUCAGUUGUGAAUGUCAGCAGCUAUUGAUACUAUGUAUCUAGAGGGUUAUACCUGGAUAUAAAGUACACAAAGAUAAGGUGUGAGCAUGCAAUACACAAGAAAUUAUAUGUAAGAGACUGUGAUUUAUUAAUAUGAGAAAUUGCCAACAUUGCAGCACCAGUCUUUACACCAAAAGGAUAUGCUACAUAGAGUGACUAUAUAUGAAAGAUUAUCACUGCUCUAAAUCCCCUGCUCGUGUCCUUUACAGCAAAGCAUACCUAAUUCCCAUAUAUUACCCUAAUUAUCCAUUGUUUACCAACUAUCUACAGGCUCAUUCAGUUCUCAUGGGCAAAGUCAAUGUUGCAAGUCUAUUAAGGCCCAGUACUUUUCCAUUACCACAGCUAAUGAGUACAUUAGUAUACAGCAUGCUAGAGAGGACUGUGACGAGGAAAGUGUCCGUGACAGUGAGCACUUCAGGUGUUUGACAUGACGUCAGGUUUGUGCAUUGAAGAGUCACAUGACAGUAGGAAGAUGUAGUUCUAGAUCAGGAUUCAUUCAUUGCAGUAGUUACAUUGAGUAUGAUAGAUAGAUAGAUAGAUAGAUAGAUAGAUAGAUAGAUAGAUAGAUAGAGUGAGUCAAUUUCAGUGUUGUGUUUUGUGUCAGUAAUUAGCUGAAAUUAGUCAAGUAGAUUCCGUAUGCCUAUCCUUCAGUUCAGGUGCUCUGUAUAUAUUUACAACCUCGGCUCGCAGCAAAGAUGUUGGUCUUCGGAGCCACCGGCCUCGCCCUCUUCCUCACUGCCACCACAGAUGGCGCCUUGUCAAUCACUCACCUCUCUAAGAACAGGAGCGUCUGGCUAAUUAACAGCGUGCUAUACUCCACCAGUUGAGCAACAGCAACGUUCGCACGGACCAUAUUCAUCACAAUGGAGGCAUCUCGCCCACCACGUCUCCCCUAGUCAUUAAGUCGCCCACCUGACAUCUCCAACAUAGAAUGAGUCCCAUUACUUGGCCUCUCUGAAUCACAAGCCCACGCCUGGCAUUUUCCUUGUCAAUCAACCAAGGGGUAAAUAUUGGUUGUGGUGCUGAGAACUGACAGGGGAAACUUGGAUUUCUUUCAAAAGUGACAGCACCAACUGGUGUUUUUAUGCUGAUUUAUAUUGCAGUUAUGAAAUGGUAGGGAUGCCGGGAUGCCGGGCUGCGGCGAAGUCACCGAUGCGGGCUACAAGCGUCUUAUUACUGCGUAAGGGGCGCUGGAGGCUGGGAUACAUGACAGGAUGUAUGAUGUGGGCUGGCCAUGUGCUGUGUGCCUCAAGAGGGCAAUAACAGUGAACAGACUGCAGGAACCCUCACUGCAGAGUAAAUGGAAAAUGUCUCAUUUGGAAACUAAUAACAAAUUUUACUAGAAGAGAACCCACCGUGUAUAAUUGAGGGAAUGAGUUGGCUUAGGUUAGUGUUGAAUGUGGAACCCAUCUCCCUCUCUCUUGCCCCUUCUUUUCUACUUGCGCGCUCUCUCUCUCUACACAAACACACACACACACACACUGAUAGUUUCCUUCAUUCUUCCUUUCCUCCAUUUCUUUUUGUGUGGAGAUAACCUGUAAAAAGUUCUGCCCUGCCACCCCUUAGUACUCCAUGUUUACCCACUCUGCCAUUGCUGACAUAAAAUAUAAAUAGUGUUAGUAUGUGUGUGUGUGUGUGUGUGUGUGUGUGUGUGUGUGUGCGCGUAUAUAUGAGUGUGUAUACCUGUGCAUCUAUGUGCAAGUGUGUAUUGAGCUCCACAGUGAUCAUGAUUAAUUCAAGGGGCUUCUGAUGCGAGCAUUAAACAGUAUGUGUGUAUCUGCAGGGCAGGCGUGUUUGGAUCAUUCAUAACACAGACCCCAAUUACAGGUGUUUGUUACAUCUGUCAAGAUCUCAUCAUCAAUGUAAACACACAAGACAAUAAAAAAACACAAGGAAAGGAACAAAACAUUUGUCUUUCACACUGACAGAUGUUCAGUGUUGUGAAGCGAUGAUUGUACUUUUUGAUUUUUUUUAGUUGCUGAACUUGUCUUCUUUGACUUUUAUUUAUCUCCUUUUUUUUUUUUUUUUUUUUUUUCAAAAUCCAUCAAGUGGAGUUUAAAAUGAAAUCAAAUGGAGGGAGACAAAAAAAUAAAAACCAGUUUUGUUUUUAACAUAACUCACUGUGUGUGGUUUGUUGCUGGAAGCGGGGCUCUCUGUUGGCCCCUGUGGUUAGAAACAAGGUGAGCUUGCUUUUUGCUUCCUGCUGAGUUAAGACUCUUGGCUUUUGUUGUGUUUGCAGCUUUGAGGGUUUUUUUUAAUGCUUUUAUUAAAAUGUCUGAAUGUCUUGUCACAAUAAAUUGUUCAUAUCAAAUUA